CAUUAUUUUUUAUUCAUUAAUCAUUAGUCCGUACUUCCGUAGUCAUCACUCAUCAACAGGAAUUAUUAGAGCUUUGCGACUUUGCCUUGUCUAUAAUAGCUGUUAGAUUUUGACGUCAUAAAAUAAGAGACGACCGUUUUCCACCGAUCUACUUGGAAGUUGCUGUUAAAACGACCACUAUUGAAUCUCAAUAUUAUUAACAACCUCAUACCGUUUAACUUUAUAAUAAAGUAAUUAACUACUAUGUCUGAUUCUAACGAAGAGGUCAAUCUGCAUGAAUGUUUAGAACUGAUAACGAGACUCGCGCGACACGCCGGCAAGAUUAUAAAAUCUCGAAUCAAUGAGAAAAAAACAAUAGAGACUAAAGCCAGUUCUAUUGACUUUGUCACUGAAACAGAUCAAGAAGUUGAAAAAUUACUUAUUGAGGGAAUCAAACAGAAAUAUCCACAUCACAAAUUUAUUGGAGAGGAAUCUUUUGCUGCUGGUAUUAAAGAAAAACUGACAUGUGCUCCAACUUGGGUCAUUGAUCCUGUGGAUGGCACCACCAAUUUUGUGCAUAGUUAUCCAAACGUUUGCAUAUCUAUUGGUUUGGUUGUUGGCUGUGAUGUUAAGUUAGGAGUUAUCUUCAAUCCAAUAUUGGAUAUGUUUUUUAGAGCAAUCAAAGGUGAAGGUUCAUUUUUAAAUGAUGAACCAAUUAAAGUCAGUGGCGUAAAACAACUUACUGAUGCUUUAGUCGCUGUAGAAUUUGGUUCUGUAAGAACUGAAGAAUUCAGGAAUAUUGUUAACCAUAAUAUCAAUUAUUUAGCAACAAAUGCUCAUGGUGUUCGUUCUGGUGGUUCAGCCGCUUGGAAUUUAGCUCAAGUAGCUAGAGGCGCUAUUGAUCUGUAUAUGGAAAUGGGUAUCCAUGCUUGGGACAUGGCUGCUGGAUACAUUAUUGUAAAAGAAGCUGGGGGUACUGUGAUUGAUCCAGCUGGUAAUGAUUUUAAAUUAAUGAAUCGAAGGAUAUUAGCUACAUCAUCAACAGAAAUCGCUGAAGAAGUAUAUUCAAAAUUCCAACAAUAUUAUCCAGAACAUGAUUAAAAACUCAAUUUGUAUCUGUCAAAUAUUAUCAUGAAUAAUGGUUUAAUAUGAAUUAAUGUUUUAUCAUAAUUUAUAUCAUAUAUACCAAUACAUACAUAGCACCAAAGAUAUUUUUUAUUUAAUUCCACUGUUUUGUUAAUUAAUAAUAUAAUA